GUCAGUAAGAUAGUUGACGGCAAGGAAACUUACAUCCACAUCAAGCAGGCCUUAAAACUUCUUCUACCCCGCGAGUACGUAUCUCGUUGUCGUCAGAAGAGACACUGGGCAUCACAGUACCUCCCAGGAAAGGAGCCCUUGAAUCCAAAACAUGAUAUAAUAAAGUACUGCAAUGUUGCUUUAAAGGUCACCCUCAAUGGCACACCAGUAUACGACAUCGGGCGAGUAGAGGUCAUUGAAUCGACAAAGGAUGGAUCGGAUGUUGUAAGCUUUGAAAAGAAAGGGAAGCAGUCGGUGCGAGUACGUUGCUCCUUAUACACGGAGGACGAAAAUGAUGUUUAUUUCUUUUCUAAUGAUGUGAUUCUUACAAAAUGGAAACCACCUUCGGCUAUCAUUGGGGCAGUAGAUUUGCAGCCUGUCACAGAUAGUCCCGGAAAGUACAGGCUUCAGUCGGAGUGUAAAGCUCAUUUAAAAGAACUAGGAUUCUCGCCAAGGAAUGCCAAACGUGACAACGACACCAAAUCAUCUUCAAAUCAAACUGAAGAUAAUGAAGGGGCCACGGAGAAAGACGACUACUACGAAGUAGACGAAAUCGUA